AUGUCAAAACCUCAAACUAAAAUACAAUAUCCAUUUUGGUAUGGAGGAGCAGCAAGUAUGGCAGCAUGUUUAGUGACUCAUCCAUUAGAUUUAGCCAAAGUUCGAUUACAAACCGCUACUAAACCUGGCCAAUCAUUAUUAUCGAUGAUUUAUCAAAUCAUUACUAAAGAAGGGGUUUUCAAAAUAUAUUCAGGAUUAACCGCUUCAUUAUUACGUCAAGCAACUUAUUCAACGACUAGAUUUGGGAUAUAUGAAUUUUUAAAAGAACAAUACAUGGAAUCAAUAGCAACAACUGGAGGCACAGAACAAAAAAAACCUUCAACGGCAGUAUUAUUACCUAUGUCAAUGAUUGCUGGAGCAUUAGGUGGAUUAGUAGGAAAUCCAUCUGAUGUAGUCAAUAUUCGAAUGCAAAAUGAUUCAACAUUACCAAUUAAUCAACGAAGAAAUUAUCGUAAUGCCUUUGAUGGAAUUUAUAAGAUUUGUCAACAAGAAGGUAUAAAUUCAUUAUUUAGAGGAUUAACGCCAAAUUUAAUUAGAGGUGUAUUAAUGACAGCUUCACAAGUUGUUACUUAUGAUAUUGCUAAAUCAAUAUUAGUUGAUCAUAUUCAUAUGGAUCCUUCGAAAAAAUCAACUCAUUUUAGUGCUUCUUUAAUUGCUGGAUUAGUGGCUACUACAGUUUGUUCACCUGCUGAUGUUGUUAAAACUAGAAUCAUGAAUAGUAAAGGAAGUACUGGUGGUGGUAGUGGUGGUGAUGGUGUUAAUGGGAAUGCAAUUCUGAUAUUAAAGAAUGCUGUGAAACAUGAAGGUAUUGGAUUUAUGUUUAGAGGUUGGUUACCUUCAUUUAUUAGAUUGGGACCUCAUACAAUUGUAACGUUUUUAGUAUUGGAACAAUUAAGAAAAUUUAAAUUAGGAAUGAGUCGAUCAGAUUAA